UGCUUUUCUCGGGGUUUCCUCAGAGUCACUUGAGACGGCGGUUGUUACUCAUUGCAUAGAUUUUUGUCUUUCAUUUCUUCCGAAAUUAUCAACAAGACUAUAACCAACAUGUACAAGUACCUAAGCAUAGUGGCUAUCAUUGCUGCAAUCGUAGUAUUGGGCUACACAGAUGAGAGUAAUAUAUGCGAACGUGAACAUGCUAGCAGUAUGGCGACCUUCGUAAGGGACGCGAAAAAUUGCAGUGUAUACUCCAUUUGUGUUCUGGGUAGAUCCAUGGGUAAAAUGGCAUGUUCAUCUGGUUUAGUGUUCUCCAUUACUUACAAUGUAUGCGUCAGAAAGAAUCAGGAAAGAGACGACUGUAACAAAACAUCUAGUCUUGGUGGUAUUUCCGAUGACAAAUUAUGUGACGACUAUCCGAACGGAAACAACAGAAACCCAGAAAAUUGCCACAGUUACAUUCCAUGCUUUAACCACACUUCAAUGACUGUAAUGCAAUGUCCAGACCGGCUUCAUUUUAGUCUUAAGCUUCAGAGAUGUGUACUUGCAAAGGAAUCUGACUGCGAAAUCGAAAAAUCGAAAAAUUAAUACUAAGCUUACGUGGACACGGUUUUCUGACUUUUGAAAUUCUGUUGAAUGAAAACCCGGAUGAAUUCGUUUUGUUAUUAUUUCUUUAUCGAUUGUUUAUAAUAUAUUCAGUUUUACAAUAAACUACAAAUGCCUUCUGACCA